AUGGUAUAUUUGGACAGUAUAUUGGAAUAUUUGCUACAUUAUGAAGCUUUGAAUACGCCUUUACCAUCUUGUAUAUUAGAGGCUAUUAAAAGCAUGAAAGAAAAAUGUAACAAAUAUAUAAAAAAAUUUGAUAAUUUACCUAUGUACAUAUGUACAAUUCUCGAACCUAGAAUAAAAAUAGAGGCGUUGCCUUCCUUUUUAAAGUAUGAAGAUUAUCAUGACAGAUUUAGGCAACAUUAUGAGGCUUUUUAUCCCCAAAUAAAUCAAGUUAACGGAGAAUCUUUGGAAAAAGAUAGACCAAUAUGUUUCACCGAAACAGUUUUACAAAGUCGGCGAACAACAUCGGCAAUAGAGCACACCUCCGAUGAGAUAGCGUUAUAUCUGUCGGAACCGCCUUUGAAAGGGUAUGCAAUAAUUUUAGAUUAUUGGAAGAUUAAUUCUGUUAGAUUUCCUAGACUAUCAUCUAUGGCGAAUGAUUAUUUAAGUGCUCAAGCUUCUUCUGUGCCUAGUGAGCGAGUUUUUUCGCGUUCCCCCUAUACAGCAACGAAAAAAAGAAAUAGAUUGGCUCCUAAUACACUCAGAUGGUGUCUGUGUCUUAAUGCUUGGGAAAAGAUAAUUAAACACAUGUGGGAGUUGGGGGAAUAAAUAUUUAAAUCAACCCAAUGCUAUUAUCAUAUUUCAAUAUUGUCUAAGUUGUAAAUUUAUAUUUUAAACUUUUUUUUUCAUAAUAAAAUAUUUUGCUCAAAAUUGAAUAUAACUUUUUUUUUAUUCACUAGAUA